UGACAUUCAAUUAAUUGACAUUUCACAUCCAACACCAACAAAACAAAUUCAAUAAGAUUUUCGAGAAAAUUACAAAUCCGAUAAAAUAUGGAAGGAAUUUUAUGGAAAUGGACAAAUUUUUGGAAUGGCUGGCAAACCAGAUGGUUUAUAUUGGAAAAUGGUAUUCUAUCUUAUUAUAAAUCACAGGAAGAAGUAAAUCAAGGCUGCAAAGGUUCAGUAAAAGUAUCUGUGUGUCAAAUAAAUGUUAACAAUUUGGACAACUUAAGACUCGAUUUAGUGAUACCAGGACAGCAGCACAUGUACCUCAGGGCUCCUUCUCCACAAGAUCGACAGAAAUGGCUUGUAGCAUUGGGUAGUGCGAAAGCUUGUGUUGAUUCCAAAGAAAUAAAAGUUGCAGUGUUAGAAGAUACCAAUUCCUUGAGUCACAAGAAAUCUGAACUUCAAUUGUAUUGUGAUCUCAUGAUGCAACAAGUCCAUGACAUCAAAAGUGCAGCUACAGCUGAAGGUGGACCAGAGUUACAGAAAAUAGAUGAUGCGUCAAGUCUUCUUACUGCAACAUGUGAUACAUUCGUCAGGACUUUAGAAGACAUUAUGAAACUAGCUAACACUACUUCAUCAAGUUUAUUGUAUGAAAUGCCUGUACCAAAUUUAGCAUCUAAAAUAAAUGGACCCAAAGCACCACGUCAAAGUAUAAGCAGAUCUUUAUCACAGGAAAAUAGAUGAAAUGUGUUGUGUAUUAAUGUAUUUAUAAAAACAUAAUAAAUUUAUAAACAAUACAGUAUUGCUGUAGAUCUUAGAACCUUUUCACACUGCAAUAUUUUUCCAUGUGAUUUUGCAACAGAUUGGGAUGACCAUAUUGGACCUAGAAAACUGCAAUAGAUUGUAUAUUAUAGCUGGAGCGACACUAGUAAUGAUCAUUAGUGAUUUGAUUUCAAAAAUGUCAGUACAAUGAGGUAUAAAUUCAACAAUAACAAUCGCGUGAAAUGUUGCAGUGUGGAGAGGGGGGCCUUAGGCUGAUGAAAAUGUUUCCCCUGUGCCUAAUAUCUAGGGAAUCUAUAUCAUCUUGAUGAUCUGAUAUUUUAGUUAAAAUUAAAUUAAAAAAAUAUAUCAAAGGUAAAAAUAUUGACUUCCUUGACUAAGUAAUUAUUUUUAAUUUACAAAAAGAAACUUCAAAAUGGAGAUCGAUCUAAAAACUGUUUUAUGAACUCACCAUAGAAAUUAUGUGUUCCAUAUUAGGAAACUUAAGAGCUGGGCGCUACUUUUAUCUAGAAAGUGUUAAGAAGUCAUUACUUUAUUCACUGUAAACAUAGUACUUAAUUUGAGAAAUAUGUAUAAUUGCUAUUUUA